AUGGGCAAUUCCAACAGCUCCCACAAAAUCUCGGCUGAGGAUAGAGCGAUACUGGAUCUAAAAAACCAGCGGGAUAAUCUCCGUCGAUAUCAACGGCGCAUCACUGUUCUCACCGAUCGCGAAACCGAAAUCGCGAAGGAGUGUCUUGCCAGGAAUGACCGCUAUCGUGCCCUUCUUGCUUUGCGCCGCAAGAAAUAUCAAGUGUCGCUCCUCUCUAAGACAGACGACCAGCUAGCGCAACUGGAACAACUGACUAGCCAGGUUGAAUUCUCUCUUGUCCAGAAGGAUGUCUUGUUUGGUUUGCAGCAAGGUACACAGGUGCUUCAGACGAUCCAUAAGGAGAUGGGCGGCAUUGAAGCCGUGGAAAAGUUGAUGGGUGAGACAGAAGACGCGAGGGCCUAUCAAGAGGAGAUCAGCCAAAUGCUCGCUGGCCAUUUAUCAAAUCAAGACGAAGAUGAAGUUGAGGAUGAAUUGGCCGCUUUACAGCGUGAGACACAAAGGCCAAUCGACCUACCGACUCCUCCUAAACUUGCGCCUCCAGAGGUAGUCGAGGAAGAAACAACACAGAUCAAGGAACGAACUAAGGGUGAAGAACGAGCUGCAAUUCCAGCUACGUGA